AUGGAAACCGACACGGUCAUCGUCGGCAAUGGGCCGUCGGCCAUGAUUCUAUCAUACAUUCUUCAUGGUUGGAUUCCUGUCUACUCUGCCAAUCCCCCGCAUCCAGACCCAUUACUUGACGCCAAAUUGAAAGCCACUGGCAAUCUCCUGGGCGCGGACGUGGAUACUCUCACAUCUCAUUUCGCUGCUUCCCGUCUGUCAUAUUCCACUCAGGCCUUACCGGUGAACGUCCUCUUGGAUACUCUAAUUCGACCCAGCCUUGAUAUCGAUGAUGACUCGAAUAAUAUCUCCAAUGUGGAGUGGCGCCACAUGCCUGAAAAGGCCGUUUCUCACCUCGUCUUCGGAAAAUCUGCCAAUCCCGGAGGCCAGUGGACGGAGGAUCCGUGCGGGGCAAGCUGGGAUAUCCAGACCUUGAGUUACGCGGCGAUGUUAUCUUUACCUGGGUACUCCUUCGCCGAUCACCACAAGAAAACAACGGGUCAAGAUCUCGCACCUUUCACACGGCCUACCAGGCGGGAGAUUGCUGAAUAUUUUCGGGUCUAUCCGACCGCGGCUGGGAUCGAUGAGGUCUUCCGCUGCGGAGAGGAGCUGGAUAACAUAUCCCGGACCGCCGAUGGGUUUUAUAUCGCGUCGCACGACCUUCAUUGUAAGCGAUUGGUGCUUGCAAGCGGGAUAUUCUCCGAGAUACUUCCUCCUAUCCCUGUUCUUCGACUUGUGCUCCAAACACAGCCCACCCCCGAAGUCCCACUUCUCGUUAUCGGCUCAGGCUUCUCCGCCGCUGACGCGAUCAUAUCCGCUUCCCCCAACCAAAAGAUUCUCCAUGUCUUUAAGUGGUCGCCAGAUGAUCGACCUUCGCCUCUUCGCGGUUGCCAUCAACAGGCUUAUCCCGAAUAUGCUGGUGUUUAUCGCCUCAUGAAGAAGGCUGCUUUAGCUAGUGCAUCGAGCAAGCCCAAAUCCCGCCGAGGCACAUCUACCGCGUUUUUGGAAAGUCGCAAUUGGGAAGAAGUCUACGAAGGAAUCUACAACGUAGAGAUCAAGGUUGUACAGUUAAGAGAUGGUUCAGCGCAAGUCACCUUCUGCCGACCAGACGGGACGACUUUUUCAAGGACUGUCCGGGGCCUUGUUUAUGCUGCUGGACGGCGUGGAAGUCUAGGUUAUCUCGAUGCGAAGCUUCGCUCGGAAGUUCUUGGGCACGAUGAUGAAGACAAUGAUGAAGUUUCCGCGCAAACUCUCCGCGCAAAAGCCAUUGAAGACUUGGAGGUUGCCCCGGGUGUGCAUAUCAUUGGCAGUCUGACCGGUGAUUCACUGGUCCGAUUUGCAUAUGGUGGCUGCGUCUUUGCCGCUGGAAAUCUCAUUGGAGGAAGAGAGGGUGAAAGGGAGACACGAAGUACAUGUGGUAGUGCCGUGUCGACUCGACCGCAAUCUUCCUCUUUGCCCGUGAUGAAUGGCAUAGAUGGUCAUCAUAUCUACCCUAAUGGCAUCUCUGGAGCGGCCUUAGAAGAGACCUUGACUAAAGUCUCUAGUGUCCCACCCUCUGAGAGCUGGUGGACGACGAUAGGGCGAAUGUGGAAAGGUAUUACACGAUGA